AAUGACCAAUAAUUGGUCAGGAGAAGGGACUCCUUUCAGUCCCCAGUAACUACAACUUCCUUAGCUCUCACAACUACCUUAAAGGUAAAGUCACCUCAUGACAUGUAUACUAAGCAUUCUAUACCUACCUAGAUCUUUAUGCUAACAACAAAUUAAAGACCAACAAGGGCAAUGAGGGUGUCUAUCCCAGAUAAUACUCCAGUAUUUCAUUAUUUGGUUUAAUCCUGGAUUAAAGACCUGAAGAUUUUCCAACUACAAACAUGUGGGAAAAAGUCAGCCUGAAAAACUCUUAUUUGUUUUGACUGCUUGAGAAAACAGCAUUGUUAUUUAUCGGCAAAAUUAAAUAACUUGUACGUUAUGUAAUUACUAUAUUGCAUCAAAAAUACACAUCAAUAUACAACAUUAAAACAUUACUUAUGUUUUAACUUGUUUAACUAUGUGUUAGCUUAUUUUAUGUAUCAAAUAUAUUGUAUAAUUUAAAAACCCACAUACAGAUGAUACCUGAAGAUUUUAAAAGGACUUUAGCUUUCUUUCCGCUGGGAUGUAUUCAUUCUAAAACAAGACCUAGAAGAAGCCAAGACAAAAUUACUAAUUUGAGAGGGCACAAGUCUUGAUUCAAGGAUAUCUAAGCUUUAGUUCUGGCUCUGCUAUGGAGUUUUCAGCUUUUUAUCUGUAUGACUUUCAACAGAGCUUUGAGACCAGCUUGCAGAAAAGUACUAGAGAAGAGCCAAGCAUUAGUGGUAUGAUCACCUUUUAAUAUUAUCUAAACAGUUCUUUAGCUGUCAGCCACUGCUAAAAUUGCAAAAUGCAAAAAGACAGUUUCCAUCACAUACCAGUCUGUUGUGAAGUAGUGCAGAGCAGGACUUCCCUUGUGCUUUUUAACCAAAUGUGAAGCAACAGGAUGCAGUCAGUUAAAACGUUCUCAUGUGAGAUUACACUUAUAAGUUGUAUGUCUAUACUGUUGCUUUCAAAGCUACUAUACUCAAAUAUAACCAUUUGUUCUGACAGAAGCAUGUUAAGCCAGCAGGAGGGCAAAACUGACCUUGCAUAGACUCCUUACAGAGACUCAGUCCCACAAUAAGACAACCUUUACCACACAUACACCUCACAGCAACCAUCAUUGCUCAAUGAGCCUUUGACACUGGCAUGGCUAAUCACUUUUUAAUUAAAUCUUCUAGUUUCCCUCUACUAGCACUGUGCAGCUGUAGAGAUGGCAUCAUGUCCUGAGAUCCAGACACUGAGCUAAUAUCUUGGCAGAAAGCAGAGCUGAGAAGUGGUGCUGGGCUGUAGAGGGAGCUUUAUUUCAUCCCUUACACUUCGGUGUCUCUGACCACAUCCAAACCCACACUUAGUCAAUCUAGAUCAUAUUUUCCUCUUGUUCUGCCUUGUUUUCUCAAAACACACUUUCAAAUCAUCCUCUCCACUCUGGGGAACAACCCUUCCAAACAUGUGUCUUGGUAAACUGUGAGGCUCACUUCUGUGUGUAUAGUUUAUCAUUUUAGGCAGUAGUAUAAAGCACUGUUCAGAAAUGGGAGGCUUAGAAGACCUCUGAUGGCUAAGAAGCAGCUGCAAGGUAAGGGAUGCUGUGAUGCAACUGAAAGUCUUUCCAAGGUUGUGUGCCCAUGGGCAGCCCUACCCUCACACAGCACAGGGUUAUUGUUUUGAAAUAAGCUCAAAGAAGGAAGUAAGGCAAUGACUCUUUAAAGUAUCAGGUCUUUUGCUUUUUAUUCUUAGAGCUUUCAUAGAAUGAAGAACCAAGUAAGCAACACUUGAAUAGUGGAGAUAAACUCUUAAUCUAAUCACGCAAUGAUUUGGGAUGAAAGAGGCCUUCAAGAUCAUCUAGUUCCAGCAGCCAUGCUAUGGGAAGGGAUACAUUCCACUAGACCAGGUUGCUCAAAUCCCCAUCCAGCCUGGCCUUGAACACAGACAGAGACUGAGCAUUAUGACUUUUUCUGUCCUGAAGAGAGCAGUCCAGGCAAGUCCCACAGACGGUGCUGCACAGUCAGUCACAUGAAAUGAGUGUGAUGGCAUUAUCCACACUGACAACUGACAAAUCUUGAAUGCACAAGAAUCUUUUUGCUGAUCACAUUUCUGAAAGAAACUAGCCUCUGGCCUGCUGGCAACCUACCUCCUUUGUCAGACUGAAAUAGCUAUUUUUGCAAUUGUCCCCCAGCCCUUGCCACCAGCAGCUGCUGUGGCAUCCAGAUGAAGCGGUGCCCACUCGUGCCUUGUGGCUGCUUCAGGCUCAUGUCCGGCAGAAGUUCAGCCAAGUCAUGAGAGGCUCAACACAGAGGAAGACCAAACCUGGCUCUAAGACUUGAGCAGUAUCACUGGACUGGUAGCUGCUAGAGGGGGUGGGAAGGCACAGAAACGAGAACAGCUGUGUCUUGUAAGGUCCAUAUUAAUUCUUUUCCCACGUGUCUCCUGCUAAAUUCUGGCAAAAGGACUUGUAGGUAGCAUUUCAGGUCAGUAGGUUAUAGCAUGGUGAAUGUCAGUAUGAUAGGAAACCUCAUUUCACCAGAAAGCAACAUUUCCUCUGUGAAACGUGCUCUGUGUUACGUUACACUCUGUAUUCAUCACACAAUGAUAUUCCAGUGGGGUGCCUGUACUGCUGGGGAGCUGAUAAUCUGCUAUCACAGCUGCUUGUUGGUUUUUUUUUGAAGAUUAAUGAAAAUUAUAUAUCCUGCAGAAUCUUACUAUGCAGGGAUUUAAUGAUGACUGGAGAAUUCUGCAGAAAUCGAAAUUUCAGUGACUCAGUCACCUAUUUGCAGACAGAAAUAGGUCUCUUGAUGCCUAGAAGUCAGGUUAUCUGACUUCUGCCUACCUGUUCUUACUGCCUUCAGUUCAAGUUUCACUGGCCUCCGAAGAGUGACAUCAAGAGGAGAUCCCAAGUGUAGCCUUGCUGCUGCGUCUGCUCACACCAAGCCACAUUUCCAGUGCGUUGCCUUUCCCCCCAUGUGACACUUUUAAAAGUUUUAAACUUUAAAUAUGUUUUUUAAAUCAAAACAAUGUGGUAAUGCCUGUUUUUAGAGACAUCUUUUCAAACUUAAGUUCUUCAACAAAUUGGAAAAACUGAUGAAGAGCCCUUGCUAAUCCCUUCUGACCUGCAUGGUUGUAAGGAUGAAAUUGUCUCAGAAACGAAAACAGAACUGGAAGGAACUUGCACCAUUUCUGAUGCAAGAGCUGCAGUGUGCCAAUCUUCAGUGUCUUUGAUAAAAAGCUCCUUCACUGCAACCCAUUGUAAUUCUCUUAAUGUACUGGAAUCAGUUGUCCACAUAACUCUGAAAUACAAGAUCAAAUACAAAAGAAUAUGUACCAGGAGGAUUUCAUGAACAUGACUGAAGGGAUCAGGAACAGCAGUGACUCCUCUUCUGCCUUCGUUCACAGCAGCACCAUGAGUGCCAUACUGGUCACUGUCUACUCAGUUGCCUUUGCUGGAGGUGGAAUUGGGUCCAUCACGAUGUCCUUCAUGCUGCUCAAGAUGAACACUCUGUCUGUGACCACCACAGCCAUCAUUAACCUGGUUGUUGUGCACAGCCUCCUCCUCCUCACGGUGCCCUUCCGCCUCCACUACUACGUCAAAAAGAAGUGGGUAUUUGAAAUGCCAUUUUGCAAAAUGGUGAGUGCCAUGGUGCACAUCCACAUGUACCUGACCUUCGUGUUUUAUGUCAUCACGCUGGUGAUCCGGUGGCUCAUCUUCUUCCAGUGGAAGGACAAGGUGGAGUUUUACAGGAAGCUGCAUGCCAUUGCGGCAAGCGCUGCUGUGUGGGUCUUCGUCAUGGUCUUUGGGGUGCCGCUCUUCUACUUUGAGUAUGGACGCUCAGGCUUAUACAAUAGUACAACGUGCUUCAAGUUCCACAAAGAACUACAGCACCAGAGUGUGAAAGCCCUGAACUACGCCAUAAUUGUAGCUGUUGCCCUCAUUUCUUGUGCCCUCUUGGGCUUGCAGAUUUUUAUCCUGGUAAAAGUGGCGAGAAAAUUUUCCACCUCCCUCUGUUCACACCAAGAAUUCUGGGCCCAGGUGAAAAACUUGAUUUUCAUCUGGGUCAUCAUAAUUUGGUUCCUUCCUUAUCACCUCUUCAGGGCCUACUACAUACAGCAUGUGAGUGAUUUUGACCAGUUAGAAAGCUACAAUGAGGUUUUUUUGAGCCUGACUGCCCUGAGCUGUCUGGACCUGCUGUCAUUCAUGCUGAGUGGAAGCCGCUUCUUCAAGCAAAAUGUGGGGAUGCUCCACAGGAGGCUGCCUUGCUGCUAGCAUCAGCCUCCUGCAGCAUGUGCAGGACCUGGGAUAGGACAGUGGUGGACAGCCAUGGCAAACUCCCUCCCCAGCAAGUGUGGGUGUGCCAUUGGCACAACACACUCGCACAGGGCUGUGCACAUCAGCUUCCUGAAGUAAGGAACAAACUGCCUACAGGCUCUCAGCUGGUAAACAGGAAGGUGACCUCAGCAAUUUCCUCGUGGUGCUACCCAGUGGGCUGUGGAUGGACCGGGAGAAGAGGGAAGAAAGGUCAUGGGCUCUUCUGUCUUACUGUUUUUACAUCAUGAUUUGUGAAGUUAAAGGCACUAGGAGGAGACUUGAGAAUUGCAGUGUAGAAACACAAAUAAAGAAGCUGGUUUUUAUGGA